AUGCCGGCUUUUGUCAGUAUGCCUAAUGUCAAUGGGUCCCGAUCGAGACAACCCAGUUUUGAAGAGGAAUGUCCUAAAGAAGGGGUUACACAGGGCUGUAAACCGCCUUCAGCGAAGCGACCAAGAUUGAACGCGGUGAAACAGGAGGCGGAGGCCAGGUGGAUCCCAACGGGUUACCCCACAGACACGGAUGGAGAGUGGUCCAGCGGAACCGCAAUGAUGGAUGAUAACGGUUCAUUGAUGAGCGACAGCGCGAUGCCAGAGAUGCAGGAUAAUCCGGGUGCCCAAUCCAGAGCAACAGGUUGCGUGCCGUUCAUCGAAUACAGUCCUUACAAGGCGCCAAGACCACUGAGUAAUAUGGGAGUUUGUACACCAACAGAUCCACUGGUCAACAACACGUUUGGAGGGCAAAAUGCAUACGAUAUGCAAAAUAGCACAGAAGGACAAUCGAGUGAAUCGGCCACAUAUCGCUCCCAGAGUGGAGCCAGUGCAGACGAUCCAUACAGAUCUCCAAGAAAUGAUCCACGUUCAUGGAGUGAUUACAGUGCCAAUUCAGACAAACAAUCGCCGGCCAACCGUUUCCAUGAGGAGCUCAACACGGAAUCUCCAUCAUCGAAAGAAUCUUUCAUAGCAGAGCAGAUGCAACAAAUCUCACCCACCAUCCGAAUGCUUCAGACAAAGGCUACAAAGAGCAGACCUCCAUCGGACGUUAUGGUGUAUGAAUACGAAGCCUGAGACAAGAGCUUAGAUUUUAGUUGGUCUCGAAAGCGGCAAUCUAUGUUUGUCCUCUUAGUCCAACAAACUGUAAGCCAGCAAUAGCUGUUUAAAAUACGGUUUUACUGAUUUUUAUAUUAGGCACCACAAUAGAUAUCCUCUAACUAAGGCUCAUCAGAGAAGAACCGCGGCCUUCACCAGCACAAACACACGCACACAUACAAAGUCUGCUUUGCGGACACUUAAAUAGAAGUUAGUUUGUUCACACUCUACACCAAUCUAACCGGUCUCCUCGAUUCAGGUCCAACUGCCACACAGCUUGCCUUCAAAUCUGUGGUUGGUGUGCUACACCAUUACACUUUCGCAGUGGAUUGCGUUGAUCUCCUAAUUCGCUUCACGGAAACCGGUGACGCGGGAAACCUGUACAGUCGGAUUUUCCAUUGCGUCUUCUCCCCGUCCGAAACCCGGAGCCGUCAGCCUUUCGACGAGAGGACCCAGGGUUAACCGAUGUCCACGUAGCGCGCCUUACUCCCCCACCCCAUCCACACACACACACACACACCUAUGUGCUUUGUUUGCUUUCAUGCUUCC